AUGGACGAUACGUCUCAUGACAACAACCCGCCACCAAGCUUUUCUUCACGACGACCUGCAGCUGGCGCUCUGCCUACCUUCUCUCUUCCUCCACCGCAGCCCGAAGUCUCCAGCAUUGACGAUCCAUCCUCUCGGCCUCGUACCUUUUACAACCUCGGCAAGAGCCUCGACUUGAACCCUCCUGCGUCUGGAACAAGUGAUGGGCUGAGCCCCAGCCUGUCGAGUGUGCACACGAGCAGUUCGCAAAGUUCACAAGCCCCCGCCAGCAUGCAGCAGUAUACAUACAGCGGCCACGUCCACGGAAGCUGGCCGACUCCAAGCAACUCUGCGUAUAGUGUCAGUUCAGGCUCGGCACAGCAACCUGCUCCUAUGCAGCCUUCCGGUGGAUCGUCCUAUCCCGUCAAUCCCGCCAACGGCACUCAGCCCCCUCUGGGAACAGCUCCCUAUGGCGGGCGGUCAUCAUCGAUGUAUAACCAGCCCGGCUUGCCAUAUGGCAACCAGCGAAGUUCGCAGUCUCCGGCCACUGGGGGAGAUGGCCUUUCAGCUCAACCAUAUGACCACCACUCGUUCCAGUCCUCUGGAGGUCAGGACGGCCACUCUGGGAAUUUGAUGGCUCCCCACGUCACACAGGCGCCGGGGACCUCCAACUCUUCCGCCCACGUUGACUCUUAUACGCACAGCAGACCUUCCAUUAGCGGGCCGAGCUACUCCUCCUCAUCGGGCCCUCAGCAUCCAUCGAGCUUCCCCUACGCGACCCAACCCGCGCCAUCGAGCCAUUCACCCACCGGGGCGGCAUCACUGCCCAGAGGCUUGGGAUCCCUCUCAAGUCAGCAGCCUCUCCCGUCCAUGGCACAUCCCGGCUCCUACAGGUCCUAUCAAACGUAUCCACCGCUGUCAAUGGGUGGGCCUGUCAUGUCCAACAUCCACCAGCCUGGCAGCCAGCUCUCGAUGAUUCCCGGCAGCAUGCGUCACAGAUUAGUCAAAGGUUGCGAGAACAAGAGCCACGAGAACCAAGUGGCGGCUGAGAAUGGAGGUAGCCGCGGUGGGGAGAUUGAUGACGACGCCAGGAGAAACUAG